GUCAUGGAUCUGCUGAGUAUAACAAAGUGUGCAGACACCAUCAUGGGAUCGGCCAUGAAGCGCGGCAUCAGUGGUGGAGAGAAGAAGCGUGUUAACAUUGGUUGUGAGCUGCUCACAGACCCAAGUGUAAUUCUACUGGACGAGCCUACGAGUGGGUUGGACAGCAGCACGGCGUAUAGUCUGAUGAAAACGAUGAAAGAGAUCGCCCGCUUGGAUAAUAAGACAG